AUGGCUGAAAGUUCCCAAAAGGACAGAAAGAAAGUGGACGUAUCCGUUCAGCACAAAUAUCCGUUGAAUCUUCUUCCUCGCAAAAUAUGGUCGAGGAUUGCCACGAUGGUUGCAUCGAAUUCGAUUGAGGAUCUGUUCAAUAUGCAGGCGACGUGUAAGGCAUUCCUGGGUGCGGCAAGUUCAGACGCUGUAUACAAGCAUGCGACGAUGUCCUAUAAACUGUUAGUGUACUUUUUAAUUUACCUCGACGGGCCUGAAAGGAGAUUCCUUGAUCGUUGUGUGGAAGUAGGAAAUAUGGAUGCUAUACUCCGGCAGGAGUUUAUGGAGUAUUUCUGGUUUGACUGCCAUGAUAAAGGGAUGGAACUGCUUGCUAGGGCCUCAACAAAGGGCAGCAUCGAAGUCAGUUACUUGUGUGCCAUGUGCCUACUGUGCGGACAUGAAGACAAAGAUGAAGUGCAAAUGGGUGUUCAAAUGAUUGAGGUUAUCCAUACUUCUAGGCAGGUCGAGAGGUUCAGGGAGUUCUUGACGGACAUUUUCUACGAUGUCAGGGUGUUCUUCGAAAUGUUUGCAUUUGAAUGA